CUCACUCUGAGCCGCGGCACAUCCUGGACCCAUCCCGCGUUCCCCAAACCGCACACAAAUAUCCGGCUGGAGAGAUGGCCGGGAUUUUUGGAAAAAUCUUCGUGGGGAUUUAUGUGGAGAUAAAACGGAGCGACGGAAGAAUACAUCAGGCCAUGGUCACAUCACUGCAUGAGGACAAUGAGAGCGUGACAGUGGAGUGGAUCGAGAAUGGGGACACCAAAGGCAAAGAGAUUGACCUUGAAAGCAUCUUUUCUCUGAAUCCAAAUGUGGCCCCUGAUGAUGAGAUAGCACAGAGCCCAGAGACUCAACUUCCUCCUUCCUCUAUUCCCAAAGUCAGCAAGGUUCCCAAGACAAGACGAGUUACAGCAAUACCUAAAGCUGAAAACGUACCUCGGGAGAACAGAGCUGCUGCCGUAGGAACAACCCGGGCCCGGCCAAGUCAACACAGCCAAGUCUCAGAGCCUCCUCCACCAGCGAUCGCGCCACAAUCGGCCUUCAACCAAACACUAAUACAGCAGCAAAAUGCUCGGAGGAAAUCAAAUUGUGUAAAAGAGGUGGAAAAACUUCAAGAAAAACGUGAGAAGAGACGACUUCAGCAACAGGAACUCAGAGAAAAGAGGGCCCAAGAAGUGGAUGUCAAUUUACCCAACUAUGAAAUUAUGUGCAUGAUCAGAGACUUCAGAGCCAGUCUCGACUACAGGCCCCUAACCUCCAAUGAUCUGAUUGAGGAGCAUAGAAUAUGUGUGUGUGUACGAGCUCGACCAUUGAAUAAAAAAGAGCUAUCAGUGAAGGACUUAGAUGUCAUCACUAUCCCAAGUAGAGAUGUUGUUAUGGUUCAUGAACCCAAGCAAAAAGUUGACCUGACGCGCUACUUGGAGAACCAAACAUUUCGCUUUGACUACGCUUUUGAUGAGAACUCCACAAAUGAAAUGGUUUACAGGUUUACAGCCCAGCCUUUGGUUGAGACCAUUUUUGAAAGAGGAAUGGCGACUUGCUUUGCUUAUGGACAAACUGGAAGUGGAAAAACACAUACAAUGGGUGGAGACUUCUCAGGGAAGAACCAGGACUGCUCUAAAGGAAUCUACGCUCUGUCAGCCAGAGAUGUCUUUCACAUGUUGAAAAAGCCAAACUACAAAAAGUUAGAUCUUCAGGUCUUUGCCACUUUUUUUGAAAUCUACAGCGGUAAGGUGUUUGACUUGCUGAAUCAUAAGGCCAAGUUGAGGGUGUUGGAGGAUGGGAAGCAGCAAGUCCAGGUGGUGGGUCUACAGGAGAGAGAGGUCAAAUGCACAGAAGACGUCCUGAAACUAAUUGAAGUAGGAAACAGCUGCAGGACUUCUGGGCAGACAUCAGCAAAUGCCCAUUCCUCCAGGAGCCAUGCCAUUUUCCAGAUCAUUUUGCGCAGACGAGGAAAGAUGCACGGAAAGUUUUCUCUUAUCGAUCUGGCUGGAAACGAGAGGGGAGCCGACACAUCCAGUGCAGACCGCCAGACUCGGCUUGAAGGAGCUGAGAUCAACAAGAGUUUGCUGGCCCUGAAGGAGUGUAUUCGGGCUCUAGGACGAAACAAACCCCACACUCCAUUUAGAGCAAGCAAAUUAACUCAAGUACUGAGAGAUUCCUUCAUUGGGGAAAACUCUAGGACUUGCAUGAUUGCUACAAUCUCCCCAGGAAUGGCCUCUUGUGAAAACACUUUGAACACUUUGAGAUAUGCCAACAGGGUCAAAGAGUUUGGCAUAAGUCCUUCAGAUAUUCCUUUCACACAGAGCGGAGGAGGAGGACGAUCUGAGUUGUCACCUACUUAUGAGGUCCAGGAUCUCACAGUGGAUCCUCUGGCAGCGAUGGACUGUCGUCAGCCAGGACACAUCAACCAGCUGGAGGUGCUGGAGGCCCAGUGGGGAGUUGGCAGCUCCCCACAGAGAGAUGAUCUGAAGUUGCUCUGUGAGCAGAAUGAAGAGGAGGUUUCCCCACAGCUCUUCACUUUCCAUGAGGCUGUGUCUCAGCUUGUGGAAAUGGAGGAGCAGGUUCUUGAGGACCACAGGGCUGUAUUUCAGGAGUCUAUUCGUUGGUUAGAAGAUGAAAAAGUACUUUUAGAAAUGACAGAGGAGGUGGACUAUGAUGUUGAAUCAUAUGCAACUCAACUUGAGCAAAUUCUGGAUCAGAAAAUAGACAUUCUCACUGAGCUGAGAGACAAAGUCAAGUCUUUCCGCUGUGCACUGCAGGAGGAGGAGCAGGCUAGCAAACAGAUCACCCCAAAGAGGCCUCGUGCACUAUAGACAGAACACACAAACACUGUAUGAAAUGAUAUGAUAUGAAAUUUCUUUAAAGACUAAGUUGUCCUCAGAGAGGGCAUGACCAACAGAGUUGUUGUUGUGAAAGAGCUGAGAUUUCUCAGCUGUUAUGAUAAAAUCCUAAUGCCUCUGUUUAUAAUUCUGCUGUACAGUUUUUGUUUUUAAAUCAUCUUUUCAAUUUGACAAAACAUUUUUGGCCACAACUUAUUAAUUUAUGUUCCAUCACAAGUGCUUCAAUUGAAGAAAUGUAAUUUUAAUGAUUCCUGCACAAAUUUCCAAGCUAUUUUGCUUAAUUGAUUCAAAACUGUUUUUGUCAAAUUUUGAAUCAAAUUUAAUUUAAUCUUGCCUAUAUACCUUUGUCUAAGGGCAUGAUUAGGGCAUGUGGUCUUUGUGUGUAAAAUGAGCCAAAACAAGAUGUUUGUGUCCGUGUGAAGUUAGGAAAUGAUGACAAUUAUAAACACAACUUUAGAAAAAAAUCAUUACACUGGUUGACCUGUGAGGGGCACUGCAGUCACGCCCGAGAGCAGAAUGGAAACUGGAAUCAUUGAUGCGCAAAGAGAAUAGAGUGAACUCAUUUGUCAUAAUAAAAAAUAACACAUUGUU